CCCUGCGUGUCUAAAGUAAUGGUAACCAAACAGAGUAAGAUUUCUUAUCUUUAAAACUAUUUAUAAUAUAUGAGUUGUGUACGUGAGUGUUUUCUAAAGCUGAGAUACAAAUCUAAAGCAUUACAAAUAGGGAUGCGCGGACAUUUGGUGUUGCAGAAUUAUCCAAAGUUGUCGUAAAGUUGACUGUUUUCCACAGUUGCAUUUGGUGCGAAAGAGCCAGUAUGCUUCAGGGACUCGCUUCGUUCUCGCGGCGGCCUGCUACUGCUUCUGUCGCCGCGGUGGUCCGGUGCGUCUCUACGGGUUCGAUGGACAUCACGAUACCGCUGAACUUCUGGGCUGGAAAUAGGAGAGCAAUUGAAGGGAAAUGCGAAAAGGAAAGUGUUUACGAGCCUGCAACGGGGCGCGUCUUGUGCCAGCUGGAGCCAUGUGGUGCUGUGGAAGUUGAUCAGGCUGUGAAGGCUGCCAUGUCAGCCUUCGACCACUGGAGCAGAAUGUCAGGGAUGGAGAGGGCCAGGGUCAUGAUCGAAGCGGCCCAUAUUAUUGAGAGCAAAAGAGAGGAGAUAGCUGAAAUGGAGGUAGUCAACAACGGGAAGUCCAUCACAGAGGCCCGUCUGGAUGUGGACUCUGCUAGACUAUGUAUAGAGUACUAUGCAGGACUGGCCAGCACUCUGGCAGGCCAGCAUGUCCAGUUGCCAGGUGGAUCCUUCGCCUACACCCGCAGGGAGCCUUUGGGAGUGUGUGUGGGAAUCGGAGCUUGGAAUUAUCCCUUCCAGAUUGCUGCUUGGAAGUCAGCUCCAGCCCUUGCCUGUGGUAACUCCAUGGUGUUCAAGCCAUCACCAGUGACGCCGGUGACGGCAGUCUUACUGGCAGAGAUCUAUGCAAAGGCCGGCGCUCCAGAGGGACUGUACAACGUGGUGCAGGGCAGCCAGCUGACCGGCAGCCUCCUCUGUCACCACCCUGAUGUCGCUAAGGUGUCCUUUACAGGAAGUGUACCCACAGGAAAAAAGAUUAUGGAAAUGGCAUCAAAAGGGGUAAAGCCGGUGACUUUGGAGCUUGGGGGGAAAUCUCCUCUGAUCAUCUUUCAGGACAGUGAUCUGGAGAACGCUGUGCGGGGAGCUCUCAUGGCCAACUUCCUGUCUCAAGGACAGGUCUGUAGCAAUGGUACAAGGGUUUUUGUGCAGAGGGAUAUUAUGCCUGAAUUUGUGGAGGAGGUGGUGAAGAGAACCCAAGCAAUCUCAAUAGGAGACCCUCUGUUAGAGAGCACCAGGAUGGGGGCGUUGGUCAGCCGGCCACAUCUAGACAAAGUCCUGUCAUUUGUUGAACAGGCAAAGACAGAGGGAGCCACAGUGUUGUGUGGAGGAGAACCGUUUGUCCCACCAGAUCCCAAACUCAGAGGUGGAUACUACAUGACUCCAUGUGUACUGGCUGACUGCACAGACGACAUGACCUGCGUGAAGGAGGAGAUCUUCGGUCCAGUCAUGUCCGUGUUGUCCUUUGAAACAGAAGAGGAGGUUCUGCAGAGAGCCAACGACACCACAAUGGGUCUGGCUGCAGGCGUCUUCUCCAGGGAUGUGAGGCGAGCACAUCGUGUGGUUGAGCAGCUCAAAGCUGGUUCCUGCUUCAUCAACAACUACAACAUCACUCCUGUGGAGGUGCCGUUUGGAGGCUUUAAAAUGUCAGGUAUCGGGCGGGAGAACGGGCAGGUGACGAUCGAGUACUACUCCCAACUGAAGACUGUGUAUGUGGAGAUGGGAGAUGUGGACAGUCUCUUCUAGACCACACAUCCUGGACUGGGUCAUGUCUGCCGGCACUCAGGGGAAUACUGGGAAAUGUUUGUGAGAAAAUUAUGGAAGCCGAGUCUUGAUCGGUUUAGUGAUGGAAAACUGAAACUACAGCAGCGAUGUCACAUUGUAUUUAGAGACACAUGAAUAUUUACAUUAAGGAAGCAUAUUUCUCAACAUGUAGAAUUUGCUAAAUCAAGAUGUUUUUCAGUUUGACUUUUAUAUUUUAAUUUCACACUCGUAUUGCUGCCAUGUUGCCUUAGUAGAUUUACAAAUAUCUGAAAGAUUUCUAAAAUAAAAUAAAAUAGGGAUUACAAUCAAUCUUUAUUUCUUGAACUAAACACCUCAAACCUUUUUACACGUGUAACAGUGAUAAAUAAAGCCGUUUUUCCACAGUGUACUGAUAGAAUUAUUGAAGAAAAUCCAUGUAAAUCUAAAUUAAAGCUUCAACAGUGUUUCUUGUUAAAAUGGUUUUGGGACCAAAAAAAAGACAUCCAACAUGUUUUGCAAUCAAAUGAACUGAAAGUGAACAAGAACAGUAUGUAAAUACCACAAUAAAAUAAAAACUACUUUAAGUUCC